AUGAAGCAGAUAAUGUUUUCAAGGUCACGUGGUGAUCAAGUCUUGCUCGCGAAUGUGGUUUCGCGUCUGAGAAUGAUAUUCAGGUGGCGGCAUUCGGGAGUAAUUAUGAAAGAUAUCGUAAAGAGACGAGAGCAGGUACUACUUGGUGGUGGUAAAGAGCGUAUCGAUGCCCAGCAUGGGCGCGGAAAGCUCACUGCGCGUGAGCGGUUGGAUAUUCUUCUCGAUGACGAUAGCUUCAUCGAGUAUGACGCUUUCAUGGAGCACUCUUGCACAAACUUUGGAAUGGAGAAAAACAAGAUUCCUUGUGAUAGUGUUGUCACUGGUCAUGGCAAAAUUAAUGGUCGCAGUGUAUUCAUAUAUAGCCAGGACUUCACUGUCUAUGGAGGUAGUCUUGGGAUGGUUCACUCCCAGAAGAUCUGCAAAGUAAUGGAUCAAGCGAUGCUGAUUGGUGCGCCUAUUAUUGGUCUUAAUGAUUCCGGAGGCGCUCGUAUUCAAGAGGGUGUUGAUUCUCUGGCCGGCUACUCAGAGAUUUUUCAGCGUAACAUCGAUGCUUCUGGUGUCGUUCCUCAAAUAUCUCUUAUCAUGGGUCCUUGUGCUGGUGGUGCUGUCUAUUCCCCAGCCCUUAUGGAUUUUAUUUUCAUGGUUCGGGAUACUUCUCAUCUCUUUAUCACCGGCCCUGAGGUCGUAAAACAGGUCACAAAUGAGACAGUAACUCAGGAAGAACUAGGCGGCUCUGAAAUUCACACCACCGUCUCUGGUGUUGCGCACAGAGCUUUUGACAACGAAGUGGAAGCUCUACUUUCCCUGAGAGAGUUUAUUACCUUUCUGCCCUCAAGUAAUCAUGAAGCGCCGCCGUGUAGAGAGUGUCACGAUCCUGUGGAUCGUUUGAUUCCGUUUCUUGAUUACGUCGUUCCAAAGGAUCCUUCCACUUCCUAUGAUAUGCACAAAGUAAUCCACGCCGUCGUGGACGAAUCGGAUUUUUUCGAGCUAAUGCCUACAUUUGCACCCAACCUCCUCACUGGCUUUGCACGCCUGGCUGGUCGACCGGUGGGCAUUAUUGCUAACCAGCCUACAGUGGCUGCGGGUUGCAUAGAUAUUAACGCAGCCGUGAAGGGAGCUCGAUUUGUUCGCUUCUGUGAUGCCUUUGGCUUCCCGUUGGUUAACCUGGUCGAUGUUCCCGGUUUCUUGCCUGGCGUUGGCCAAGAGGCUGGAGGUAUAAUUCGUCAUGGAGCAAAGCUGAUCUUUGCCUACUGUGAAGCGAGUGUGCCCAAAGUGACGGUGAUCACGCGCAAGGCGUACGGUGGAGCAUAUUGCGUGAUGAGCUCGAAGCACCUUCGUGGCGACAUGAACUAUGCUUGGCCUAGUGCUGAGAUUGCAGUUAUGGGAGCGAAAGGCGCUGUACCAAUAGUGUUCCGUGAGAGGCUUGCCGCAUUUGAGUCGAUAGCUACUCUAGAGGCCGACUACGAGCGUGCUUUUGCUGGUCCGUUUCCAGCACUGGCGCGUGGCUAUCUUGAUGGCAUUAUCGAGCCGCGUACAACUCGAGCACGACUCUGCGCUGACUUGGACCUCUUAAAGGGUAAACGUUUGCCUUCCAUCAGUCUGUACCCACGGAAACAUGCCAACAUGCCGCUUUGA